AUGCCUACAGAGACACUGGCUCCAGCCCUGCCAGAUAGCAAGGCUGCUGGCCCUGCAACGCCCUUCAGUUCCACUGUACCCCUCCGCAUCCUUAACAAGGGCCCUGACUACUUCAGGAGACAGGUUGAACCUAACCCAAAGCGCCUCAGUGCUGUUGAAAGACUUGAAGCUGACAAGGCAAAGUAUGUCAAGAGCCAGGAGGUAAUCAACGCCAAGCAAGAGCCAAUCAAACCACCUGUUCUGGCCAAGCCUCCCGUUGGUCAUACCCUUCUGUCCAAGAGGGGCUCUGGAAUUGGUGGAGGCGGAAAUGGAAGUGGGAUACCUUUCAAACCGUCCAAUAACAACGCCAAGUCAGACACGUGUGCAGCGAGCAGCAGCAGCAGCAGUAAACGGGGGAAUUUAAAUCUAGAGAUCCUAAAAAACCUCUUGAACUCAUCUUCCUCUUCAGGAGCAGGUUCUGAUGGGCUCGGGGGUGGAGCUAAGAGUGCUGUGCUGAUGAGGUCAUCAGGUGGAAUGGCAAGGAGUUGGACACCAUCAGGGAUGCCAUUAACCUAUCGAUCCACAAUGACACUUAAUGAGCAACCACUAGACUCUGCACAGAGUCCAAGCUCCUCACAUUCCCUGCGAUCCUUCUCCCAUUCCUUGAAGGUCCCUCCAGUCAACAGUGGGGGACGUCGCAGUCCACAGCAGGGAGGAAACCUCAACCUCAGCAGACGAGUGCUGGAUGAGAGAGGAAGUGAAGCAGGAGUUAAGGAUCAUUCCCGCUCCCAGCUGCUGCCUCUGCUCACUUCCCACUCCUCUUCUGACCUCCUGCGACUCUGCAACGGCAAGCCGCUCCGUACGGCCCGAUCAAGCAGUUCCUCGGCUCCACCUCUCCCUCCGAAACCAAACCCUGCUUCCCUCCCUCCCCCUGCCCUCUCAUUGGCGCAUCCUUCAACUGAUCCCAACCUGGAGCUUGGUUCAAUGGUGGCUCGACGCUCCUCACUACAUAGGUCUAAAUCUGAUCUCUCAGACCGGUAUGCCCGGGCAGGAGCUGAUGUGGAACGCUUCUUUAACUACUGCGGCCUUGACCCAGAGGAACUGGAGGCAGUUGGUCCAGAGAACUUUGCACGGGCCAACUCCGACAUUGUCAGCCUGAACUUCCGAUCAGCUUCCAUGAUCUCCUCUGACUGUGACCGGUCACGACGAUCCUCUAACGACGGGCUAUCAGACGGGGACGAGGGUGAGGACGACGAGGAGGAGGUCGGGGAGCGAGUUCCAUAUGGUAUCUCAGCUGUUGAGCGCAAUGCAAGAGUCAUUAAGUGGCUGUACAGCAUCAAGCAGGCAAGAGAGACGCAAAAAGUCUCGCAUGUUUAGGAGAAGCACUACAGUGGAUUGAAUGUACAAUAAAUUACAGACCAAUUGCCCUAAGUUUCAGAAUUGAUUGAUGGACCAGCAUUUCUCACAGGUUUAGAGACUGAGAUCUUGAGGCUGAACUGAUUACUUGUCAAAAUGUAUAGAUGGAUGGAAGAGAAAGUCUGACAGUUUGGUCAUGAACUAGAUAAGAAAACAUUUUCCUAGGUUUAAAACACAAAGAAUAGAAAGGAAUAAAACUUGUACAGUCAUAAACAAACAGGGGACAUGUAUGAAAACUGUGAUUAAAGGUUUCUCUAUGGACACUGUAUAAAUUAACAGACAAAGCCUGUCCACGAUUGUCCGAGGACCCAUAAUGUGACUCACAAUGUGAGAAAGGGCCCCCAAGUGAACAUUUUCAUUUGUCAAACAUACAUUUGACAAGCACUCCAUUUUGGUGUAGCCUGGUUCUAGAUCAUUGAAUCACCUCCCAUUUCG